GGAAAUCUGGAAAGGGGUGCGUGAUAUGGAACCGCCAUCAGCGGGCAGAAAGCCGUGGUGGUCCCCAGAAACCGUUGGAAACAAAACAAAAAAAAUAGAUGCCAGAUGGUGUCAAAACAGAUUCAACCCCACGUUGGGCCGGGGUUUAUUUACUAGUAUCGAUAAUCGCCAACGAUAAACCAAUUGGAAAAAGCCGUUCGUCCCUAUCUGCGGGUACGCUGAAGUGUCCGCUCGCUGCCGACUGGUCCAGCAGAAUCGUCAAAGGUCCCCUACAAACCCGCGAACCCACAAAGCUCAAGCAGAGCCAGAGGGAAGUGCAUGUGAAAUAAAAGCAGGAACCCCAGACUUUGAAGCGACGGGGCGGAUCUAUCUCCAAGACCAUCAUCUCCAAAACAGCAACUGCCGGCGACAACCUGGGAUUUCUGUGACAUCAGACUGCAAAACCUGUUCCCCAGCAAAAGACCAAACACAAAGCCGAUAGGCCAGACCCUCGGGGAUACCACCGGCAUAGCCUGGAACAGAAAACUGUCUACCACACCGCGUGCAGACACGGCACAGCAACACCCAACCUAAAUUGUUCUUGGCAUGGGAACGUGGGCGGUUUGGUUUGUCUUUGCCAUCACACGACCAACCCUUUGCUUCGAACUCGCUCUCUUUUUGCCCCUCCCUCCCUCUUCCUCACCUAUAACCUCGAACCCCCAUCUCAACCCUCACACCACAAACUCGGUGAUGGUCUCGGGGCCAGGAAAGCUCAACCUUGGUCUCUGCUUGUAAAUCGGUCUUCAACACCGACGACAAACGCCGAGGGAAAUCAGUCAUGAGCACAACUACUGCCAUUGAUGACCCUGCGGGGCUCAAAACCACACGCCAACGCAACAACCAACCCCAACAGUCGGAGAUCCCCUUGCCCUCGCCGUCCAUUAGUGAUGUCGACUCCGACUCGAACAAGGGCGAUGACCACCGAGACGCCCAUGUGAAAAAGGCAUACGGCCGAACUCCAGAUGGAACGGUCUUCGUCGUGCCCGAGACCCAUGACAUGGUCUCCCAAUUAUUAGACCCUCGCGAACCCAAGAACCUGUCCGAUUACAUUGUCCUCGGUGUUCUCGCCCUGCAUAUUUGGCUCGCUUGGGCUGUGCCAGCGCCCUAUAACAAGUACCUGCUCGGAUUUGCGUUUACCUUCUGGAGACUUGCAUACAAUGCUGGGAUCGGCUAUCUGUUGACUGUUCAGUCAAAAUACACUCUCCUCGUCACCUGGGCUCGUCGGUUAAGGGCUUUUGAACAACCCGCCACCAACCCGCGGCCAUGGCUUUACAACCUCCUCAAGACGGAGCUCGAGACCAAGAUCCCUAAGGACUACAAGAUGGAUGAGGCUCCGAUCGAGUACAACACCUGGCUUGCUUUCCGUCGCAUUGUCGAUCUGAUCCUGAUGUGCGACUUUGUGUCGUACUGCCUGUUCGCCAUUGUCUGCGCCCAUACGCCUGAGGAUGAGGGGUUGGGCAUGCUUCUUGGCCGUUGGGUCGGGGGUAUUGCGCUUGUUGGCUUCAACCUUUGGGUCAAGCUGGAUGCGCACAGAGUGGUGAAGGACUAUGCCUGGUACUGGGGCGACUUCUUCUAUCUGAUCGAGCAGGAACUGACUUUCGAUGGCGUCUUCGAGAUGGCCCCCCAUCCCAUGUACUCCAUUGGCUACGCUGGAUACUACGGCAUCUCGAUGAUGGCUGCUAGCUACGAUGUUCUCUUCAUCUCUAUCGCUGCCCACGCUCUCCAGUUUGUCUUCUUGGCCUUUGUCGAGAAUCCUCACAUCGAAAAGACCUACAACCCGCCACCCCCACGUCUCCGUGCCGAAUCCGAGAUUGGCAGCCAGACCGAGGCCGAUGCUUUGGUCACCAAGGAGCUUAACGGGAACUCUGAUAUCCCCCAGCCUGUUCACAACAUGAUUGGAAGCUUCGAUCUCUUCAGAGUGACCGACGCUUCCUCUCUCAUCAUCGUUGCCUGCUUCAUCGCCUUGACGGUUGUCACUCCCACUACCGGCACUUACCAGACUCUGGCUGUUGCGAACGCUAUCUUCUGGCGUCUCUGGUACUCUGUUGGUUUGGGCUACCUCCUGAAGAAGCAAUCCGAAAAGAAGAUGUAUACCAGGCACUUCCUCAAGUUUGGCGAGAGCACCGGCGAGGCCUGGAGACAGUGGAAGGGCCUGUACCACAUCAGCAUGAUUCUCUGCCACGUCUCGUUCUUGACCGCCUGCUGGAAGAUGUACACCUACCCUGAGGAUUGGAGCUACGGUUCUGUUCUCCUGAAGCAUGUGAUUGGUGUCAGUCUGAUUGCUCUUCAGCUUUGGACAUCCUCUAGCAUCUACGAGUCUCUUGGCGAGUUUGGCUGGUUCUAUGGUGAUUUCUUCUUCGAGAGCCCCCGCCCACCCACGUACAACUCCAUCUACCGUUUCCUCAACAACCCCGAGCGUGUGCUUGGUGCUGCUGGUUUCUGGGGCUUGGCUCUCAUUACCUGGAGCAAGGCUGUUUUCGUCAUGGCGCUUGUCAGCCAGCUUUUGAUGUUGGGAUUCAUUUCGUUUGUCGAGAAGCCUCACAUGCAAAAGAUCUACGGCCAGAACCUCCGCAAGGAGGCCGGUCUUACCAAGUUUGUCAAGAAGUCCCUUCCCGCUCCUGUCAAGAGAUGGCAACAGGGUGUCGACAAGGUCCUCGAUGAGACCAAGCACUUUGCUGAGGACUUCAUUGAUGCCGCCCUUACCAGACUUUCUGCCGGCUCUUCCAACUUCGUCAAGGACACCACCGCUCUCUUCCACAAGCCCCUCCGUCUCUCUAUCAACCGUAUCGACCGCGAUCUUGCUGGAUAUGACCCCAAGCACUACAAGCUUUCCGUGGAGGGCGAGCAGCUGAUUGCUCCUGAUGAGAAGGCUACCCGGAAGGAAAGUGCCGAUGCUCGUGUCCCCAAGGAUGUCAAAACCAAGGUUUUCCAGUAUGGCGCUCCCAUUCGUGUCAAGUGGACAGCUCCUGCCAACCACAGCAAGAAGGACUGGGUUGGUCUCUACUUGGUCACCGACAACCGUAAUAGGGAUUUCACUGAAGUGCCAUCCCUCGGCCGCUGGAUCCCUACGUGCCGCGGCCAGUACGACACCACCACUGACGAAGGCAUUAUUUCGUAUGAUGAAAAGGUCGAGUCGGAAGGUGUCGAGGGCCCUCUUGUACAAGGCGAGAUGGUAUUCGAGGGUGACAAGCUUUGGUGGACACAGGGCGUGUACGAAUUCAGAUACCACCACCACGGCAAGCACAACGUCAUGUCGAUCUCGGAGCCGUUCGAGGUCCGCAUUCCGUUGGUUGUGAAGGAGGGUACCGAGCUCACCAUUGAGGAAGCCGAGAACGCCCUGCUGCCUAUUGUACGGAACUGCCUUGACCGCGACCCAGAAAUCGCGCCAGAGACUGUUGACGAGCCAUGGGGUGCUCAUGUUGAACGGGAUGGCAAGUAUGCCGAGAGAGUGGUGUAUGCCAUUCGUGAGAUGUUUGCCAUUGAGUUCUCGCCGGCGGUGGUGCCAGCAGAUGGGAACGUCAAGAAGUUGGCGUGGAGGGUGGUUAACGGAAGAAUUGCUCUUGCGCCAUAUAGUAUGUCAUUACAAUCAAGAAGACCGCCAACACCCGUUGCCGACAGUUACAAAUAAACGGGAUGUUAUAGUGGGGGCAGAGGAUGAAUCGGGUUGCACAUGAUGGACUUUUCUCUCUCUUCAUUUUGCAUGACUGGAAGAAGGGGGUUGUGAUUAGACAAAUUACUAUCUAGAUGCAUGAGAUACCACAGGUGUUGGGCGGUUGUUUGCACCAAAAAUUGGCGUUGUUUUUGGGCUUGGGGGGGCGUGUGAAGAUAGUCAUGGCAGGUUACGUAAAGCUGCUCAUGAAUGCAGAGGAGGAUGAGGGGAGAGUGAGAUGAAUAUGCGAGAUUGGAUUCGGAAGGGAAAUUAUUAGGUAGAGCGUGGAAAACAAUAUGGUAGAUUUGCCAGCAAUGGUGUACCUUAUAUCAUCACAAUAUUGCGAUGGCAUUUGAGGGGCUUUGUAACUCACGGUUCUGGCCAGA